UCUCAGUUAGUCUUCGCUUUGCCCUUUGCCUUGCCUGACAUGACACCCGGACAGACACGCACAGCGAUACGCAUCUCUCCAUCCGUUCAUCAUCCAAUGAAUGGUCCCAGGCCUGUCCAUCCCCACGCACCUUUAGCCUUCGCCUUCGCCUUGCUCGCCGCCUUGCUCUUGGUCUUGGCCUUGCAGACGAGCUUCUUCACGCGACGACCGCCGACCGCCUCCUCCCCAAUGUCAGCAGCCACUACAUGAUUAGCACAGCCGCAUAUUCGUGGAGACACGGAUGUCUAUGUGUGCAAAACGGAACUCUCUCUCACCCCUGAAAUUCUGUUCUCGGAUGUCAAACCCGAGGAAAUCAUUGUCUUUGUAGGCAAAGCCUCUUUCUGCAUCACAAGCAGGACCAUAGCAUAUCUAAAUGACAUCUUGCUUCCCCUCAUCAAUUACCCAUGGCGGCUUUGGCCGUUAGCCGCAUUGCGGCUUGGCGAGGGCGACCAGCAGCAGCAGCGGCCUCGUCAACACCCACGGCAGGUGGGGCCGUUAUCGGGGCCGGGGGUGGCAACUGCGGCUCUUCUGCCUCGGCCGCCGCGGCCAUGGCGAGGUCGGGUGGCGCGAACGGCUGCUGCUGCUGCUGCUGCUCCGGCUCCUGCUGCUCGGGUGCUGGUGGGGGGGCCAUGUUCAUCUCCUCCCCCAUCUCAGCAGCAGCUGCCGUCAGGCUGAACCUGGACCUCUUGGGCGACGGGGACUUGUCCUCCUCCUCGCGCUUGCGUUUGAGGUCGAGGGACACUGCGGGAGAGAGGAUUGCAUCACCAGGAGACAGCGGCACGAGAAGUGCCGCAGCAGCUGCUGCCGCUGCUGCUGCCUUAGGGGCCUCCUGAAAGGGCUCUGGAAGAGCACUAGGGGUGGUCGAUGGGGUUGGUGGGGGUUGUGGGUUCCUGCAGGCAAACACGACACGACCUUGUCACCUUGUGUGCGUGUGUGCGUGCGUGUGUGCGGCUGAGGAUCUGUCUCACCCAUCUCGGUCGGCAUCGUAUCGCCGGCGGUAGUUACUGUCCCUCUCACGCAAGCGAGUGCGGUCACGGUCACUGUCACGACCGUACCCACCGCCCCCGCAGACAGAGCAACCACACACACACACACACACAAUGAAGAGGUGUCUGCGUGUCUCUCCAUGUCGUGUGUACGGGCGCUCACCCUUUGCGCUUCAAGGGCUGUUCGUGUAGUGUGUCGACGGCGGCCGGGUCCUCCUCAGACGACGAUGACGACGAUGACGACGAUGACGACGAUGACGACGAUGUGUCACGGCAAACCUUGCGCCUUCUAAACCUCGGGCCAGCUUGCCGGAUUCCGUCCCUGGGGCGCUGGUCCUGGGAGUCGCGCAUCAAGGGGUGCCGCAUGCGGGCUUCCAUUGAUGAGCAGGGGCGUGAUUUGAGUCGGUCGUCUUCCUCUUCCUCCUGCGCCCGGUCACGGUCACGGUCGCGGGCACCGCCCUCACCGGCACCAUCAUGGUCACGGUCGCGGUGGCGGCCGCGGGAGGUGUGGCGAUCCCGCUGCUGGUCGCGGUCGCGGUUCUCCAGGCUCUGCAUAAACGUGGGGGCAAUACGACCUGCACACACAACAUACACAUGGACCAACACAGAGAGAAAGGAAGGAAGGCAUCCGAGUGAUCUCCCUGAUCCCUUGUCAUUGGCUUACGUGGAGUGACGCCCCUUUGCGUCUCCUCGUGCUCAUCUCCGUGGUCCUCCUGGCUGGGCGGCCGGUGGCCGCGGUCCCCGCCAGUGGGCCGCCGCUUGAGCUUGCCCCCGUCCAGACGACCGAUGCCCAGGUCACUCGAGUCACGCGAUUUGCCCCCUCGUGAGCUGGUGCGGUCAGCAGGGGAGUUGUGGGGCGGCGGGGAGGGCUGUGGUUGUCCCUCGGGGCCUCACUGGGCGCAGCUGUAGCAGAGUGUGGCUCAGGGUAGCCACGGCGACAUAUCUGACGACAGACAUACAAACAAGAGAGCUGUGGUGGUUGGCGUAUGUAUUGUGCUCUCGGUCGGUUGCGUACUGGUGAUGGUUUGUGCAUGGGCUCCCUCAUGGAGGCGUUGUGUUGUUCCGGGGCAGCAUGUCGACAUCCCUUCUCCCAGCAACCUCACCCCCACGGCCCUGCUCCCGGUCCUCAUCGACAUCCAUCAGCUGCCGCGCACCAUCGCUGUCUCCCUGCACACCACGCUCCUCCCCACCCCGUUGCCGCAUCCUGUCCCUCGUGCAAUGGUCCUGGGAGUCGCGCGUCAAGGGGUGUCGCACGCCGGCUCCCCUGUCAAGGCCGGUGGCGUGGCCCUCGCCGUUGAAACGAUGCAUACCACGGCCACGGCCGUGCUCACGCUCCCGCUCACGGACAUGCUCAUCUAGCUGCGGGGGCUGCAGGUGUGGCUGUCAUGAUGGUGUUGGUCUCUGCGGAAUGGCAGCAGUAGCUGCAGCUGCAGCAGCAGCGGGGGGGGGCGGGUUCCUCGUCGUCGUCCGAGUAGUAAUCCUGCAUCACGGCCCGCAGCCCCUCCACGUUGGCCUCUUGCUGGGCCAUCCAGGAUGGCGAAGUGGAAGCUCUCAUUGGGCUCCGAGGCCGUGGUGGGGCUAUCUCCUCCGGAGGGAAGAGAGGAGGCGUCGGCGGCCAGCUGGUCAUGGUCCGGUCUCCUACGACGAUGGCUACGAUGCGAUGCGAGCCACGGGAGAGCUACUCAACCAGACGGGGGGACGCCGAACGUCCUCAGCACAACAUAACCGUGCCUGUAGGUGAAAACAGACCCC